CCUCUCUCUCGAACCCAAAAGCACAAAAAGAAAAUGGCCCUCAUGAAGCUACUCGUGUCCAUCGCAAUAACAACCGCAAUCACAAUCGCAGUCAUCACAACCAGAACCAACACUACAACCACCACCAUUAGAGAGUACACAAGCUUUGAUGCACUGAGUGCGCCGACUAUAAGGCCGAACCGGUUCCUGGCUCAAAAGGAAGUUGGCGAGCGAAACCCUAACGCCGCGGACCAUUACAAGAACCCUGAGAUAUGUACCCUAUAUGGAGGGGGAGGAAGCAACUCGACGAUGACAUGCUGCAACAACAAGUGCAUAGACGUGGCCAGUGACAACGAUAACUGUGGCGCGUGUAAGAACAAAUGCAAGUUCUCACAGACGUGUUGUCGUGGCCAAUGUGUUUACGUGGCUUAUGACAAACGCCAUUGUGGACAGUGUAACCAUCCGUGUGAGCUCGGCGAGUUAUGCGUCUACGGUCUCUGUAACUACGCGUGAAUGAUCGAUCCAUCACACGAGAGCGAGGGGGUGUAUAUUACAUUAUAUAUUACACAAGAAACUAAAGCUAAUUAAAAGUUUAUUACUCUUUUAUUAAAAAAAAAAAAAGAAAGAGAAGAAAAAAGACUCUAAUACAUACAUAUAUAUACAGAUUGAACAAUUAUGUACUACAUGGUACAUGGAUGAUGAUAUGUCCAAUUAAUAAGUGGUGGGUGUAAUUUUGAAUCCCAUAACGUUUAUAUAUAUUAAAAACAAUUUUGAUUUUGUUUAUACAGUAAAGAUUCCAAUAAUCUCGUGAAAUUAUGACUAUAUGUCUCUCUGGCUAUUACUUGGAAAUUUGAUAAAACGAAGAUAAUACUAAUCGACGAAAUUAGUAUUGAACGUGUGGACCGUGAAUUAUCCAAUGAAAGGCCAUAAACUAAAUUACGUGAAAAAAUUGUGGCCCGACAUAAUAUUAUUCCCGAAAAAGCCCAAAUUGCUGCAAGGCGUCUCUAGCGAGUGGCGAUGGCAGCUCCUGCGGUGGAGGCAACCGUCGCAACUGCUCUCCGCUCUGUGAUUCUGAGGGCUCGGAAGGCGGCGGAGCAAGUUGGAAGAGAUCCCGAGCGGGUCAGGGUCCUUGCAGUCUCCAAGACUAAACCCGUCUCACUUAUCCGCCAAAUCUACGACGCAGGUCACCGUUGCUUCGGCGAGAAUUACGUUCAAGAAAUCAUCGAUAAAGCUCCACAGCUUCCGGAAGAUAUAGAGUGGCAUUUCGUGGGGCAUUUACAGAGCAACAAAGCCAAAACGCUAUUGAGUCUGACUUUUUGUCCCCAUCUUUAAUUAAAUGAGACUCUCCAAGAUUCUUUUGAUUUAGGGGUUAAGUGAAAGUGAAAGUCUUUUAAUCCAAUGCUUGCAGCUGGAGUCCCAAACUUGGCAAUGGUUCAUGGUGUGGAUGGAGAAAAGGUGGCUAACCAUCUAGAUCGAGCUGUUUCAACCCUUGGGAGACAUCCACUUAAGGUUUUGGUCCAAGUUAACACAAGCGGAGAAGUUUCUAAAUCUGGAAUCGAACCUUCCAGCGUUGUAGAGCUAGCAAGGCAUGUGAAACAGCACUGUCCAAAUCUGGUAUUCUCCGGGUUAAUGACUAUUGGGAUGCCUGAUUAUACGUCUACUCCAGAGAACUUCAGGACACUUUCAAACUGUAGAGCUGAUGUAUGCAAGGCACUUGGAAUGGCUGAGGAUCGAUUUGAACUGUCGAUGGGCAUGUCUGGUGACUUCGAGCUAGCGAUUGAGAUGGGAAGCACCAAUGUGAGGGUUGGUUCCACCAUUUUUGGACCAAGAGAGUACCCCAAAAAAGCAACUUAGCUACUAUUUCCUCAAACAGUUAUAGUAAAAUUCAUGUAUAAUGUUAUUUUGUCGACUAUUAGAAAUAUAAUUAUUCGUUUGUGAUAAACUGAUGUGUAUUCACAAGUUACUUUAUAGAAAUCAAUACAUUGCUAA